CCUGUGGACACCUUGGGGCUGAACGGUGCUGGCCUCUCUCCAGACGGAGACACAACAUGGCCAUUGGCGUGGGGGUCUCCCUGGCUGCUCUGCUCCUACUGCCACUGGCCGCCACAACGCACUCAGACUGCAUCUUCAAGAAGGAGCAGGCCAUGUGCCUGGAGAAGAUCCAGAGAGCCAACGACCUGAUGGGCCUGAAUGACUCCUCCCCAGGCUGCCCCGGGAUGUGGGACAACAUCACCUGUUGGAAACCUGCCCAUGUGGGCGAGAUGGUCCUUGUCAGCUGCCCGGAACUCUUCAGAAUCUUCAACCCAGACCAAGUGUGGGAGACCGCGACCCUUGGAGACCUUGAUUUUGCUGACAGUAGCUCCUUGACCUUUUUAGCUGAUGGGGUGGUCAGCAGGAACUGCACGGAAGAGGGCUGGUCGGAGCCCUUCCCCCACUACUUCGAUGCCUGUGGCUUUGAUGACUAUGAGUCUGAGCCAGGUGAUCAGGACUAUUACUACAUGUCAGUGAAGGCCCUGUACACCGUUGGUUACAGCACAUCCCUGGUCACCCUCACCACGGCCAUGGUCAUCCUCUGUCGCUUCCGGAAGCUGCACUGCACCCGGAACUUCAUCCACAUGAACCUGUUCGUGUCCUUCAUGCUGAGGGCCGUCUCCGUCUUCAUCAAAGACUGGAUCCUCUAUGCUGAGCAGGACAGUAGCCACUGCUUCGUCUCUACCGUGGAAUGCAAGGCUGUGAUGGUCUUCUUUCACUACUGUGUGGUGUCCAACUACUUCUGGCUCUUCAUCGAGGGCCUGUACCUCUUCACGCUGCUGGUGGAGACCUUCUUCCCCGAGAGGACGUACUUCUACUGGUACACCGUCAUUGGCUGGGGGACCCCGACUGUGUGUGUGACAGUGUGGGCAGUGCUGCGACUCUAUUGUGAUGACACUGGCUGCUGGGAUAUGAAUGACAACACGGCUCUGUGGUGGGUGAUCAAAGGCCCUGUGGUUGGCUCUAUAAUGGUCAACUUUGUGCUCUUCAUUGGCAUCAUUGUCAUCCUGGUGCAGAAGCUUCAGUCUCCAGACAUGGGCGGCAAUGAGUCCAGCAUCUACUUGUUGGUUCCAGCUGCCCAGCUGAUAAGGGUUUGUCCUCUGGAGACCAAGGUGGUGCCCUUGUCCCAGCAUUCGAGGGAUCUGCUGAGAACCGAUGCCCCCACAGGGGGACAGUGGACGGUGGUGUUGGGCCACCCACACUGCCCCCCCCUGGCGCUGCUGACGGCUGGCCCGCUCCACCUUGCUGCUCAUACCGCUGUUUGGGAUCCACUACACCGUGUUCGCCUUCUCCCCCGAGAAUGUCAGCAAGAGGGAGAGACUUGUGUUCGAGCUGGGGCUGGGCUCCUUCCAGGGCUUCGUGGUGGCCGUCCUCUACUGCUUCCUGAACGGAGAGGUGCAGGCAGAGAUCAAGAGGAAGUGGCGGAGCUGGAAGGUGAACCGCUACUUCACUGUGGACUUCAAGCAGCGGCACCCAUCCCUGGCCAGCAGCGGGGUGAACGGGGGCACCCAGCUCUCCGUCCUGAGCAAGAGCAGCUCCCAGAUCCGCAUGUCCGGCCUGCCCACUGACAACCUGGCCACCUGAGCGCGCUGUCCCCUCAUCUCCUCUGUCCUCAGGCUGGGGCGCAGCCCCCCCACCCCACGCAUGUUGCGCUCUUCUCUUUCCCCGGCAGGCCUGGGCUGCAAGCUGGGCACCCCGAGGAGGGAGGAGAAGCAGGAAGCCGGGCGGUACCUCCCCUCUCUGUGUGGGCGCCGGCCCUGCCCAGUCUAGGCCCCAGAUGUGUAAAUAGUCCUCACGUUUGAAGCAGUCAGCCCCUCCUUCACCCAAUGCACCCCAUGCCUCUGCUUGCCCCCAGCAGGGCCCUGGCUCCACCCUCCCCACCUCCACCAACCUCAGUGAUCACCCAGCGCCUCGAGCCUCUGAGCUGGGACUGAAGACCUUGCUUUAGAGCACUGGGCUACAGCCUGCCCACAACCCCACUGUGUCAGACUUCUGAGUCUCUUUGCCGCCCUGGGUCCCCUCUUGGGACUGGCCGGUCACUGAGGCUUUCUGGAGGACCAGCAUUAUUGGCCAGCAAGCCCUCCAGUGCAGGCUGGGUCUGAGCUGCCCUCAAGCAAACUCAGCACCUUUGCCCCCAUUCCCAGUGCCCAGUUUCCAGACAGCAGGGACAUGGGGCUGAGGGUCAGGGAAGGCUCUGGUGCUUUUCUACUGACCCAAGUUGGGUGUGGCUGGAAAGGAGAAGGAAAGAGUUUACAGGGACUCAUAGGAGAAGACCCUCUCCCUCCCUGUCACCUUCCCCCCACCCAAUCAGGUUGCAUAGGGGGUUCAGCUGGUAGCCUCUCUUCUGCCCUUCCCGCCACUCCGGGACUCAGGUGCAGAAGGUGAGAGACGGCUGUCUCACAGAAACUUCUACCAGACCACAUGGACUCUAGAGCCCUAAGCCCAACCCAGACCCCUUGAAGUCAAAGACGUGACUUGUAGGAGCCAGCCACUGUCCUGUGAUAUCACUGAAUCUUAAAGCACCUCACAUUGCUAUGUGCCCAGGUCCCAGACUCCCCCGGGCUCCUGCCCACAUGGACGGGGGUCCCAAGCACCUGGUCUUUGAGUCUAGGCUCUUUGGGACUUUGAGAAGGACAGCCUUCUCUGUGCACUUGACAUUGACGGACUGGAGGGCUUAGGUAGGCCUAGGGGG